UAAAUAGUGCUUAUGCAAGGUAACGUUUUUUAUAUAUCACACUGGGGUAUUAAAGACCAUUGUUGCAAAACGUGCAUAGAUUUACAGAGUUUUUUAUAAUUUAUUUAUUAGGCUAUGCUUGCUAAUUAAAUAUUUAGAUUAAACUUUUCAUAAGAAUGAACGAGAAGCCCUAAAUUUAUAAUAUUUGUAAUUAGAUAUAUCUUAUUACAUCAUGGAUAAUAUAUUUGGAAAAGAAGACUCUGAAAAUGAAAGCGAGCAUGUAGAUGUUGAGGAAAAGGAAGAAAAAGUUAGCCCUUCGCAAGAUUCUGUAAUCAAAGAUGUAGAAGCGAUAGAUGUUGAUAAUAUACAAGUUAAGGUAGAAUAUGAUGCGAUGAGUUCGCAGUCACAGUCGGAUGGAGAAGAAAUAGAAACUAAUUUAUUAUGUGACGAAGUCACAGAAUUGGAAGAUCAAUUGGAAAUUGUUAAACAUGAAAUUGAAAGUAGAGAAGAAGAGCAAGCUAGGGAAGAUAUAUUUGAAAAUGACAUAGUAUUGCCUCAUGCAAAUCCAACAAGCGUUAAAGAAAGAAGAGAAAGUAAAGAGAAAAGUAAAAAAGAAUUAGAAGAAGAAGAAAGAGAAAGGAUGCAAGUACUAGUGUCAAAUUUCACUGAGGAUCAAUUGGACAGAUAUGAAAUGUAUAGAAGAGCAGCUUUUCCAAAAGCUGCGAUAAAAAGAAUCAUGCAAACUAUAACAGGUUGUUCAGUGUCACAGAAUGUGGUCAUCGCUAUGUCUGGUAUAGCAAAAGUGUUCGUUGGAGAAAUAGUAGAAGAAGCUCUUGACGUUAUGGAAGCUCAUCAGGAAUCGGGUCCUUUACAACCAAAACAUUUAAGAGAAGCAGUUAGAAGAUUAAGACUUCAAGGGCAAAUUCCAAAUGGACGUGCUAAUAAAACAUUCUUUCGUCUAUAAGUAUUCUUUAGCAUAAUUAUUUAAAGCUGUGAUUUAAAACAAAUGUCUUUAAUAGGUUAAAAAAUUGGGUAAAUAUUUUUGUAUAAAAAGGUGUGAUGUAUACACAAUGUAUUAAAGUUAUUCAAAUGAGAACAGAUACAGCUUCUCAUACAUGCACACACAGAGAGGGACAUACAGUUAAGAACAUAAAAUAAAUUUUUGCUAUUGAUUAUAUAAUUAUAUAAUUGUUUUAUAUUAUUAGUAUUAUUUCCGUCAAAAUAUCUUUCUCACGUUUCUCUAUUUUCUACCAUCGUUUGGUAUUAUCAAACGAAAUUUUACAAUAGCGUGCGAGGAUUAAUAUAUUUAUGUUUAAACUAGUUUCAAGUUAUGAAGAGAAUAAAUAAUCACAAUAAAAUAACCAAAUAUAACAACGUGAAAUGGAUAAAUUAAUAAUUAUGUAGAAAUAAUGUACAAUUUUAUGUAUUUUUUAUUUAAUGAUAUAGGAAUUAUUAAAGAAAUUGAAGAUAAAAUAUUUCACAUUUAUAUUGUCUCAUAUGUUAAAUUAGAAGAAAUCAAAUUCAUCAGUGAAUAUAUUAUUUUUAUAUUUUUAUAUCUAUUUAAUCACAAAAUAUUUUUAUUAUCCAAACAUAUUUCUGUAUGUGAAAUAAUAUUUGCUUUAUAUUACGCCUCCUUUAAAUAUUAAUUAGUAUUUAUAAUAUUGAUAUGUGAUAGCAUCUUUCAUAUUGCUACUUUCUGGCUUUUAAUACUUCUUAGUAGUAGUAAUUGAUGAACACAGUCAAUUGUUUUAUUUUAACUAACUAAAUAUACUAUAUGUAUAUACAACUAUCACAUAUCCUGCAUAUAUAGGCGAAACUGUCAAAUAAAAUGUGAUUUAUUUCAUCCUAUUAAUGUAUAAUUUCAUUUAACUGAUGAAGCAUUGUGAGCGAUUAAUGUAAUAUGUAUUUAUUACCUACAUUGUUAUUAGUAUGCAUUAUUUCAGAAAAGUCUGAUAAUAGUAUUAAAUUUGGAGAGUUGUAUACCUUUAAAUCAAAGGAAAAUACUCUAAUAUUUAAUUCAAAUCCUUCGAAUGCUAAUGAAAUUCAUGAAUGGUAAUAAUAUUUUUUUUAUAUUGUAACAAAAUUAUAUCAAGCCACGUAUGUUUUACAAUUGUUUAUUAUCUACUGAUGACGUUGUUAUACUAGUUAUGAGACUUAACAUUAAGUUUAUGAAAAUAGUAUAUAUGAUAAUCAAGAGGUUAGCCUUUUCUCUGCUGAAUUAAAUGUUUUACAAAAAGU